UUAUCAGAAAAAUUUGAGUUUCAUUCGUGGAUUGAUCAAAGUAAAACCGACAAAAUGAAAUUCAUUAUCGUAUUCGCUGCCCUCAUCGCUGUCUCAGCCGCUGCUCUUCUCCCAGGCGCCUCACAAGAAUCUUUGGCCACCAUUGUCAGCCAACAAGCCGAUAUCGACCCACAAGGAAACUACCAAUAUGACUCAAAGACUUCAAACGGAAUCUCAGCCCAAGAACAAGGACAAUUGAAACCAAACCCAGCCCCAAAAUCAGCUGAAGAUCCAACUGCCUUCAUCGCUGUUCAAGGUCAAUUCUCGUACACCGGCCCAGACGGUCAACAAUACACCGUCCGUUAUGUUGCUGAUGAAAACGGUUUCCAACCACAAGCCGCUCACUUGCCAGUCGCCCCAGUUGCUUAAAUUAGUUUCACACGAACAGAGGCACACGAAAAGCCUAAAGAUUUUGGCUUAACAAUAAGAAUAUGCUGAUAAACGUUGACGAUGCUUUGCUUCGAUGAUUUUAUGUUAGGCUUAUAUUUAUUUUGAAAUCCCGAAAUCUGAAACACUCUUGUUGUAGUAUUGC